CCGCUGGCCGUUUUACUUCUCUCGAGGUGACCUUCAGGCGGCCAGGGCCUGGACUGGGGAGUCGUGCGCCGAGUGUUCUGUGACGAGGCGCCGCCGCGGUCCUGCGGGAAAGGAGCGAACGAGCUGGGCCUGCGGGUGGCUCCGGCCCGCGGAUCCCGCGAGGCCGGAACCCGGGGCGUGGGGAGCCCGGUCCGGCGCACGCGGGGCGGUGGUGGGGGCUGGCCCCCGCUCUGCCAGCAGGGCUCUCGUGCCCGGUGUGGGAGGUGUGGAAGGCCUUUCCUCAAGCAUAAUGGCAGAAACUGCUUCUCCACUGAAGCACUUUGUGCUGGCUAAGAAGGCAAUUACUGCAAUCUUCGACCAGUUACUGGAGUUUGUUACUGAAGGAUCAUAUUUUGUUGAAGCAACAUACAGAAAUCCAGAACUUGAUCAAAUAGCUACUGAGGAUGAUCUGGUGGAAAUACAGGGGUAUAAAAACAAGCUUUCCAUCAUUGGUGAGGUGCUGUCUCGGAGACACAUGAAAGUGGCCUUUUUUGGCAGGACAAGCAGUGGAAAGAGCUCUGUUAUCAAUGCAAUGUUGUGGGAUAAAGUUCUCCCUAGUGGGAUUGGCCAUACAACGAAUUGCUUACUAAGUGUUGAAGGAACUGAUGGAGAUAAAGCCUAUCUUAUGACAGAAGGAUCAGAUGAAAAAAAGAGUGUAAAGACAGUUAAUCAGCUGGCCCAUGCCCUUCAUAUGGACAAAGACUUGAAAGCUGGCUCUCUCGUGCAUGUGUUUUGGCCAAAGGCAAAAUGUGCCCUCUUGAGAGAUGAUCUGGUUUUAGUGGACAGUCCAGGUACAGAUGUCACUACAGAGCUGGAUAGCUGGAUUGAUACGUUUUGCUUAGAUGCUGAUGUCUUUGUUUUGGUUGCAAACUCCGAAUCAACACUAAUGAACACGGAAAAACACUUUUUUCACAAGGUAAAUGAGCGACUUUCCAAGCCUAAUAUUUUCAUUCUGAAUAAUCGUUGGGAUGCCUCUGCAUCAGAGCCAGAAUAUAUGGAAGAUGUACGCAGACAGCACAUGGAAAGAUGCCUACAUUUCUUGGUGGAGGAGCUCAGAGUUGUAGAUCCUUCGGAAGCACGAAAUCGUAUCUUCUUUGUUUCCGCAAAGGAAGUUCUUAAUGCUAGAAUGCACAAAGCACAGGGGAUGCCAGAAGGUGGUGGGGCACUUGCGGAAGGAUUUCAGGCAAGAUUACAAGAGUUUCAGAAUUUUGAACAAAUCUUUGAGGAGUGUAUCUCGCAGUCAGCAGUGAAAACAAAGUUUGAACAGCACACUAUCAGAGCUAAACAGAUACUAGAUACUGUGAAAAACAUAAUGGAUUCAGUAAACGUGGCAGCAGCAGAGAAAAGGGUUUAUUCAAUGGAAGAGAGGGAAGACCAAAUUGAUAGACUGGACUUUAUCCGAAACCAAAUGAACCUUUUAACACUGGAUGUUAAGAAAAAAAUCAGAGAGGUUACAGAGGAGGUGGCAAAUAAGGUUUCCUGUGCAAUGACAGAUGAAAUUUGUCGACUCUCUGUUUUGGUUGAUGAAUUUUGUUCUGAGUUUCAUCCUACUCCAAGUGUAUUGAAAGUAUAUAAAAAUGAGUUAAAUAAGCACAUAGAAGAUGGUAUGGGAAGGAAUUUGGCUGAUAGAUGCACCAAUGAAGUCAACACUUCAAUGCUUCAAUCCCAGCAAGAAAUUAUUGAAAAUUUGAAGCCAUUACUUCCAGCUGGUAUACAGAAUAAACUACAUACACUGGUUCCUUGCAAGAAAUUUGAUCUCAGCUAUGACCUGAAUUGCCACAAGUUAUGUUCAGAUUUUCAAGAGGAUAUUGUAUUUCGUUUUUCCUUGGGCUGGUCUUCCCUUGUCCAUCGUUUCUUGGGGCCUACGAAUGCUCAGAGGGUGCUUCUAGGCUUAUCAGAACCUAUCUUUCAGCUCCCCAGAUCUUUAGCUUCUACUCCCACUGCUCCCACCAAUCCAGCAAUGCCAGAUAAUGCAUCACAGGAAGAACUCAUGGUUACCUUAAUAACAGGAUUAGCCUCUCUUACAUCUAGAACAUCUGUGGGCAUCAUCGUUGUUGGAGGAGUGAUUUGGAAAACGGUAGGCUGGAAACUCAUAUCUGUUUCAUUAAGUAUGUAUGGAGCUUUGUAUCUUUAUGAAAGGCUGACCUGGACUACCCGUGCCAAAGAGAGAGCCUUUAAACAGCAGUUUGUGAACUAUGCAACUGAAAAACUGCAGAUGAUUGUGAGUUUCACGAGUGCAAACUGCAGCCAUCAAGUACAACAGGAAAUGGCAACCACUUUUGCUCGCCUCUGCCAACAAGUUGAUAUUACACAAAGACAUCUAGAAGAAGAAAUUGCUAGAUUUUCCAAAGAGAUAGAUCAAUUGGAAGACAUACAGAAAAAUUCAAAGCUUUUAAGAAAUAAAGCUGUUCAACUUAAAAACGAGCUGGAGAAUUUUACUAAGCAGUUUCUACAUUCAAGCAAUGAAGAAGAAUCCUAACCAUAGAGUUUGCUUUGGUGAUCAUCAUAGGAGAAAGUGGAACUUGGAUGAUUUGGGACAGUUACUAUUUUUAUGAAAUGACUUUAAAUAUGAAUUAUAUUCACUGUACCUAAGUAGCAAAUUCUCGUAUAGAUUCUGGUAAUGAUCUAUCUCAGGGUGUUUGCAUUUCUGAAGAGUGUUAUAAUAUCUCUUUGGUUUUAACUUUGAGUAAAGAAAAGGCUAAGUUGUUUGAUGCGUUAAAAUAAUGAAUUAGUUAAAAGCAAUAGAACCAACUAUGUGACCCCUGAGGGGUGGGUCCUUGCUCUUAAUUAGGGCUUUCUUCGUUUUUAACUCUGAAAAACUCUGCUUCCUGGUAUCCAGGAGUUAGAGAAUGCUCCUUUCAUCUUUCUGAAAACUAAUUUUUGAUGCCUACUUUAAUGGGAAUAAUCACUUCUUUGUUCUAUAAAUUGCGUUGCUCUAGCCACCAAGAGGGAAUGUGGAAUGUUCUUGAGUGUAUUAUUUAUGCAAAUUACAGUCACUUUUGCCAUUCUGGCAGGUAUGUAAACCACUAAUAAAUACAUGGUUUUUACUCCUUUUAUUCCCAUUAAAACCAAUGUAAAGCACUAUUAAGGUUUGUUAUUCUAGUCUCUACUGAAAGUUUCUAGAUCUAAAUAGCUUCCUGAUCUGUUUUUAAAGAAGCAUUUUCAGCUUCAGCUAUGACUACAGUAAGGAAAGCUUUGUAUCUCAGUUUUAGGAGUAACGUUUGAAGUGAUAAAAAUCGCCAGAGAUAUAAGAGGUCUGCAUUUUGGUUGGGUAUAGUCAUCUACAAACUGUUCUUCAGAAGGUUGGCUGAGGAUACUGCUGGAUUGUCCUCCCAGGGUGACUUGACUUCUUUUUGUGUGAAUUUGCCAGGGCAUGGUUAAAAAUUAUCACUGUAUUUUUUAGCUUAGUGAAAUGUUUAUGGAUUCCAGUAUUGUGUGUAUUGGUGUUAAAAACUAAUUGAAACUUAUAUGGAAACAUUAAAAAACAAUAUUCUAGGGCUUUGCUAUGCAAAAUGUAGUCUUGAAGACAACCAAAUCAGCAUCACCUAGAUGCUUAUUAGAAAUGCACAGUCACAAAGGACACAGUGCUCUGACCAAGUAUAUUCUUGUUUUUUUCUGUGGGAGGGAUAACAUUUCAGGUUCUUUUUCAUUUUAAUACUCAGUACUUUUCUGUGCCUUUAAGGCUCCUGGAUGCUAUUCUGUCUUUUCACAGCAGGUGCAACACUAUUUUUUAAGAUAUUUUAAGUAGAAUGUAACAUUAUUUAGGCCAUAGAAGCCUCUCAAAAAUGUUUUUAUAUCAGAUACUAGGAUGCAGUGUCAAAUCCAAAUAAAUAUUAACUUAUAGGUUUUAUUAUUGCUUUAUAACCAAAAGAUGGUAAAAGCCACUAACAAGUGGGAUCAGGUAACAAACUGCAACAUAAAAAACUGAUGCCCAAGACUGCUUACUGCUAAUUUGUUACAAGUUCAAGGCCUUAAUCUUUAUAGGAAGUACUUGAACUUUUGAAACAGCAUAAUGGUUUGGUAUCACCUCAUUAGUAUACUACAGUGGUUCUUAAAGUUUGGUCCCUGAAUCUACAGUAUUGGUUGUAAACUUUUAAGAAAUGCACAUUCUUAGGUACCACCCCAGACCUACUGAAUCAAACACUAGGUUUGAGGACCAGCAAUCCAUGUUGUAACAAGUCUUCUGGGUCAUCCCGAUGCAUGCUAGAGUUUGGGGACUUGGAAUUGUGGUUCUGGUAUAGUUUGUAGUAAAUUUUCCAUCACUGGUUUGAAUACGGCUCUACCUGAUCAAGUUUGAAAAUGUAUAAAUACUGGAAAUGGAACACUAAAAUAGUGAAACUCAGCCCUUAUGCCUGAAGGUAAGUGUACCUACAAGCCUGUGAGUUCUACAGAAAUUAUGUAAUUUACAGCUGAUGUAGUUAUUGUUCACUAUGUGUUUGCAGAUUUAUAAACUUUGUAUAACCUCAGACUUUUUACAGAAUUACAUUUUUAUAAAUAUGCAAGCUUGCAAGGUGAAAAUAAAACUUGUUUGCCUGAUAGUCAAUAAAUGUAGCAUUUAUAUUGGCA